AUGACUAUAAGUGUUGAAGAAGCUGGAAAUGAAGAGGCAACCUACGUGGCUUUCAAGGUAUCUUCAUCCUGAACUAUACCAGGGAACCCUCAAAUUUUUUGAUUUCUUUUUUGUUGAAAUUUUUUUCUGAACUCCGGUGUCAAAACUCUUCCCUGUGAGCAGUUUGAUGCUCUUGCACUAUGUAUGGAUGCUGAUUUGUGUGAAUGUUUGAGUCCGUGACAAAACGUCGGAAAAAAGUGACAAAACGUCGGAAAAAAGUGACAAAACGUCGGAAAAAAGUGACAAAACGUCGGAAAAAAGUGACAAAACGUCGGAAAAAAGUGACAAAACGUCGGAAAAAAGUGACAAAACGUCGGAAAAAAGUGACAAAACGUCGGAAAAAAGUGACAAAACGUCGGAAAAAAGUGACAAAACGUCAGAAAAAACUGACAAAACGUCAGAAAAAACUGACAAAACGUCGGAAAAAAGUGACAAAACGUCGGAAAAAAGUGACAAAACGUCGGAAAAAAGUGUCUUCCGACCUUUUGUCGCCGACUCUAAUGUUUUGAAACGUAUGAAGAUUGUGCCGAACGCAAAAAAAAAUUCGGAAAAGAUCACAAGGCCUAGAACUUUUCUGGGCCACGGCCACAACUUUGACUAAGCGCUGUUCCAUUCACAGGUAUUUCUGGAAGUUGGGGCUGGGACAGUGAAUGUGGCAAUAAAAAGCAAUUCAGUCAGACACAUAAACUCGGAGCGUUCCCUGGUCCUUUAAUGCUAAUCACAAAACGUUUCUAGACUUUCAUCUCAACUACAUCGUGUCCAGUCUCCUACUCAUCCAUCAACUUUCAAGCCCCGACAUCAACCGCCAAUAUAUCCUGGUCGUUUGACGAAUCGUGGACACUCAUGACUUGUAGAGAGAACUGGACACGAUUCGAGCGAGACGAUAUGAAUGUCAUUUGUAUGCAAGUGUUUCCAGUGCCCAACAUUAAAACUCUCGCAGACGCGAAACAGUAUUGUGUGGAUGAGGACUCUGUUUUGACGGGAGUCGCUACUAUUGAUGAGUGCUGGUGGAUUAAAAGUGAAUGAUAAAGGGGACACAUAAAAAUAGGAUCUAGACAGUUUUUAGCUCGGCUACUUGAAAUUUUUCCGAACAUUUCUCAGUUUUACGGAUUUUGGGUGGAUGGCGUCAGAAAUUGCUCAAGAGCGGACAAUACGUGCACAGUGACAGAUGAUUUUAUCUGGAGCGAUGGCUACACUCCUGCAUAUCCAUACGGGACCGGGGCGUAUCAAUUACAAUACUUUUCACUUUACAAUAUGUAAGUAACGUGUUCGAAUGAGAACUGAUGACGUUAUGAGAUAUAUUUCAGAGCUCAUCAACCAGAAGACUGUCUAAGUGUAACAAUUCUGACGUACACACAUCUGAACGAUGUUGAAUGCUUGAAUUUCUACGGUUCUCUAGGUGUGACGUGUGGAUACUUGCUGCAAAAGUUGAAAUGA